AUGCGGCUAAUGAACGUACAGUACGUUGAUGAACAUAAAGGCGAAUCAUUUCUACAUCGUAUUGUUACGUGUGAUGAAAACUGGAUUCUUUUCGACAAUCGCAAGCAUUCGGUACAGUGGUUGGAUAAAGAUAAAGUGCCGAAACACAGUCUGAAUAUUCAUCAAGAAAAGCUAAUAAUGUCUAUUUGGUGGUCCAGCGCUGAUAUUAUCCACUACAGCUUCGUGAUACCUGAUCAAUCGAAUACAAUGGAUGUCUACUGCAACCAAUUGGACGAAAUGAUAAGGGAACUUGUGAUUAAGCAGCCGAGAUUGAUCAAUAGAGACAGGUCAAUCCUCUCGCAAGACAACGCUCGAUCAUAUGUCGCACAAACAACGCUGCUCAAACUACAGGAAUUGGACUUGGAAACUUGGAAACUCUCUGUUCUCACCCACCGUAUUCAUCAGAUCUUGCACCAACUGACUGACCACUUCUUGCCAGGAAAAAAAUAUUCAAUUCUCAACAAGCUGCGGAAAUCACCAUUCGCGAUUUCCUAG